CACCUCUAAUAUAAUCUCUCCCCUUCUCCCACAAGUUCUCUCCUCUUCGUAUUAUUACUACUACUAGACAAAUAUUCCCUUCAAAAUCUCAACCCCUAAUCCCUUUUAUCUCCUGUUCUCUUUCCCUUUCUAUCUUAUAGACCCCCUUCUCUCUCCCUAUUUCUUGUUUAAUCUUCUUUAAAUACAUAUUCACACCUUGAUUCUUAGUUGUGGAAGAAACGAAGGUAAGGAAUGACAGCUCCAAACAUGGCAGCAAUCACAGCAUCUUUGGAGAGGUCUCUUCAAAACUGUUCUCUAAAUCACCACCACCAUCAUCAAAGUAGUGGUAUUUUGGGUGGCGGGAGAGAAGAGAGGUCAUCGAGUUCAGAUGAGUUAGAUUCACAGAAUCAUUUACAACAAAAUUCUGAUACCUCCUUGGAGCUUAAGUCACAUCUCUCUCUUCCUUACCAUUGGGAACAGUGUUUAGAUUUGAAGACAGGGGAGGUAUACUACAUAAACUGGAGGAAUGGAAUGAAAGCAAGAGAAGAUCCAAGGAUCACACAAGAAUACAAUGGAGAUUUCUACUCAGAAGAUGACAGCUCAUAUGAUAGCGAGGAGUCAUCAUCAGAAUCAUCUCCUUCUUCCUCGAGAGAGCAUUAUCAUAAAAGGCUACAGAAAGAAGACCAUGUCUUGGUUGUGGCUGGUUGCAAGAGCUGCUUCAUGUAUUUCAUGGUCCCAAAACAGGUGGAAGUUUGCCCCAAGUGUAAUGGCCAACUUCUUCACUUUGACAGAUCUGAAAAUGGGUCGCCUUGAAUCAGAUUUCUUGUUUGAUUCUUUUUCUUUGUUUCUGUGUUGUUUUUCUUCCGUUCUGGAAACUCAUUUGUGUGCUUUUGAUGGAAAUUCAAUGCGGAAAGAUCAUGAAACGCGUGACAAAUGAGUUGUUACUUAGCUUACUACUAGUAUUCUACCAGAUCUUUCUUUGUUUGUUUGUUUUUUUUUAUAUAGUUAUUUUGUACCAUUGCUUUAUUAUGGAAGCCAUUGACGUUGCCGAAGAGUCCUUAGGGCCAGUGGCAAGGUUAAUAUACUCGAAAGAACAGUUUCUUUUUUGUCAA